AAGCCUACAAUACACAUUUUCAUCCUCCUGUCUCAUUGCCGAAGUAUAGGGUUUUCACUCUCUCAGCGCAGCACAGCUUAGCUUCGCAGGACUCGGCCUCCACUUCUCGAUCUGCCAAGAUGUACUCCUCAAGGAAGAAGAUCCAAAAGGACAAGGAUGUUGAGCCCACUGAAUUUGAGGAUACAGUUGCACAGUACCUCUUUGAUUUGGAGAAUACUAAUCAAGAGCUAAAAAGCGACUUGAAGGAUCUCUACAUCAAUUCAGCAGCUCAAAUGGAUGUUUCUGGAAAUCGCAAGGCUGUUGUUGUCUAUGUUCCCUUCAGAUUGAGGAAGGCUUUUCGCAAGAUUCAUCUUCGCCUUGUUCGGGAGCUGGAGAAAAAAUUCAGUGGCAAGGAUGUUGUUUUGAUUGCUUCCCGCAGGAUCGUUCGCCCUCCAAAGAAAGGAUCUGCUGCUCAGCGACCCCGCACCCGCACACUAACAUCCGUCCAUGAAAAUAUGCUAGAGGAUAUUGUGCAUCCUGCUGAGAUUGUUGGGAAACGCAUCAGAUACCGAAUUGAUGGAUCCAAAAUAAUGAAGGUGUAUUUGGACCCUAAGGAGAGGAACAACACAGAAUAUAAGCUGGAAACAUUUGCUGGAGUUUACAGGAAGCUUACUGGCAAAGAUGUAGUCUUCGAAUAUCCAAUUGCUGAAGCCUGAUUGUGCUGCAUUCAUCAGCUUUUGUUUUGGCACUGUUAUUUUAUUUUAGAGUUCUAUAAUUUCAUUGAAUAGGAUUAUGUUUAAAAAUUUUGACUGAGAUUUGGUUUGAUGUCUUUACAUAGGACCAAUGAGACUCUUGUGUUGAAUUAUGUCAUUUCCAUGUGCCUAAUUUCUGCGAGCUCAGCUUGGUGAACUUAUUAUAUAAUGUUUGUUGGGUUACGGUUUAUCUGCCAUUAUCUAAUGGGGUCAUAGUCAGGAACUGAUAUCCCUUGUUGGUUUUA